AUUUUCCUUCCCGCCCCCACAAAUAUUUGAACUUCAAUUUUCUUCGGGUUUACUCGCCAAAAUUGCAGACCUCGGCAGCAAAAAUCAAGCUGGUAUUGAUGCUUACAAACGCCAUUCCCAUCCCCAAAGGAAGGAUAAAUAGACCACCUGCUGACCCGCUUCCCUCCUCACCCUUCCUUCUGCUCUUAUACGCUUUCUUCCAGAUCUGUGAGUAAAAUCCACACUUCCCCGUUCCCUUUUCCUUGAAUCGGCGAGCUGGGUUUUCGAUUUUGGGUUAUUUCUGGAGGUGGGUCUCAAGGGUUUUGCGUAUUUGAUUUCAUUUCUUAGGGUUAAGGAUGACGGGGGGAAAUAUCACUGAUGGGGUUUCUAAGCCCCGCCAAGCCCUAGGGGAUUUGACGAAUCAGUCACUAAAGAGAGGGUUUUCGUCGAUCUAUGGAGAUUCAGGGUUGAAAUCCGUCGAAGGUGUCGAAAGUUUUGAGAAUUCAGGUUUUGCGAAGCAGGUGUGUUUAGGAGUGGAGAAUUUGGUGAGGGAGAAGUGUAAAUCUGGGUUUAAGACUACUGGUGACGGUAAAGGGAAGGGUGUUCUUCUUCUCAAGAAAGAUGGCCAAAUUCACGAUUCGGAUCCUGUUUCUAGUGAAAUCGGCAUUGGUGAUGGAGUUGACAAUGUAGCCUCUUUGCUCUCAGAUGGACACCCAACUGAAACCAAAGAAGCAUCAAACCUCUUAGAUGGUAGUGUUGAUGUUGUUGAGAAAGGUGUGGGAGAAAUUGGAGAUGGGUCAAGAGAUAGCUGUGGGUCUAGCAGGACCGAUAGUGAUGAUGAUGUAAGGGUCUCUUACAAUGUGUCACUGAGCCAAUCAGUUGCUGAGGAGUUUGCCGGUAGUCAAGGUUUGACUAGUGAGAGCAGAGAUCCUGGUGUUGAUGAUUUGGAUGGUGAGAAAGCUGAGCUUCAUGAGAGCUCAAUGUUGCUCAGUUCCCAGAAUUCGAAAUCCUUUCAGUUGGAUAGAUGCACAAGGUUUGAAGAAAGCAGUGGAGGUGCCUGUGCUAAUGCAGAGUUGGGUGCUGACUUCUUGAAAACCUGUUCUUGUUCAUUUUGUUUGACAGCUGCUUUUAUGUGGUCUGACCUCCACUACCAGGACAUCAAGGGUCGAUUAUCUUCAUUGAAGAAGAGUCAGAAAGAAGCUAGCAUCUUGGUAAACAAGUUUUCCAGGGGAAGGCAGGCUGAAGUUCCCAAUCAAGGAAGCGCCAGCAACUCACUUCAGUUCGAGACUGACUUGACCUGGCAAUGGAGAUCACUCUUCCAGCACAUGGAGGAUAUAUUUGCUCAUGAAAGCUGCCAGAUUGAGAAGAACUUCCUUGCACUGAAAGAUUUGAGAGAGAGUUGCAAGAUGGACCUGGUGAAGACUAAUGGGGUGCCUCCAGAUCACCGUUAGUUACUUACUCUACUUACCACUCAUGAUUGUAAGAAUGACCGUUACUUGCAAUCUUGUAGUUUCUGUUGUGUGUAUUUGAUUAUCCCGUGUGGUAUCACAAAGUCCUUUGAAGCAUUCUUCUUUGGCCACUGGUGGUUGUAGUCUGUAUGCACAGAAAUUGUACCAAUCCUUUUCAUGGUUACGAUCAUAAUGAGUGAGAUAUUGACAUACAGGUUCUAGAAUUGCAAUCUCCGCCUUAUAAUUUUUCUCUAGCUU